AUGGGUGUGUGGACCUUUGUCUUGGCGCUCCUCCUCGACCUCGUCCUCCUCGCGCACGCAGUCUACGAAACAGUCCUCCUAUCCGAUGUCAGCGCAGACUUCCUCAACCCAGUCGAUGCAGUCAACAAGAUCAACCCAUAUGUCCUGCCCUCCAUGGCAAUCCAGGGCUUCCUCACCUUCCUCAUGCUCGUCACAGGUAACUGGUGGUCCUUCCUCUUCAAUCUGCCCCUUGCAGUGUGGAACGGCAGCAAGGUGCUCAGUAAGGACUAUGCUCUCGAUGCAACAGAGAUCUUUAGGACACUCAACAGAAACCAGAUGCAGUGCUACAUUCGGCUGGCGAGCUACAUGCUCUUCUUCUUCUGGUAA